UGAAAAACAACAAAGUAGGGAUUUUCAUCAUGGCAACGAAGCAAUGAUCAUCAACAAUUUUGGAAAAGUGAUUAAUACAUUUUAUUUUUCUCCCGGCUAUAUUUUUGAACAUUUCGAACGCAAACGGCAUAAAAAUGAGUGAGCUACAACAGAAAAAUAAAACGGACCAAACAGAAAAUUUAAAAUUAAACAUUAUGGAAAUGGAUAAGCCAAUAACAAAGCAUUCAAUACGAACGCGAGUCUGGCAACAUUUCGAACGUAAUGGAAUUUCCAGUUUUCCUAGGCCCGUAUACGGACGUAUCCCAAAUUUCAAGGGCUGUGAGGACGCCGCUGCCAAAUUAUCAUCAAUUGACGCUUAUAAUAAUUGUAAAAAUAUCGAGGUCAAUCCUGACAAACCCCAGGAGGGUGCCAGAGUUUUAGCUUUAGAGAAUAAUAAAAAUUUAUACGUGCCUGUUCCGCGACUUAAAGAGGGAUUAUUAAAACAUAUAAGUCUUCCGAAAGAUUCAAAUGUUAGAUUAAAACAGUUGGUUAGCCGUAAAGGCAUUGAAGAAAAUGGUACGAUAAUUAGUAUUGAGGAUGAGGUACACAUUGAUUUUCUUGUCCUUGGCAGUGUAGCUGUUUCUAAGCAAGGUUAUCGAAUUGGAAAAGGAAGAGGAUAUGCUGACCUAGAAUAUGCAAUUUUAAGAGAAAUGGGUGCAUUGGACGAGAACACUGUAAUUGUUACAAAUGUCCAUGAUUCACAGGUAUUCGAUACUUUACCUAAUGAACUAUUUCAAGCAUACGAUGUACCUGUUGAUUACAUUUUAACACCUACAGAGGUCAUAGAAGUUGCCAGUCGUCUUCAAAGACCGCCAGGUAUAAUAUGGAAGUUGUUGUCGCAAAGGCGUGUAAAUUUGAUGCCUGUGUUACAACAAUUGAAAGAGAGACAUGACAGAAAGGGCAAAGAUACAACACUCAAAGAAGUGGAUACCGACGUGGAGACAAAUGAUGCCGAAGGGCCUCGUCGUAGAAUAGUUUGGCGCAAAAGACGGCGGUCUUUGGGAAAGACCUCUGAAUCGCAAGCUGAAGGAGAUACUGGCGAAAAUGCUAAGCCAAAUGGAGUACCGCGUAGGCGUCGAUAUUACCAUAGACGCCGAUUACCUCUCGGCGAAGAGAGACCAAAUGAAAAUGGAGAGUCUGCCAGCGAACGUCCACCUCAAGAGGGUAGUGUUCUUAAAAACAGAGUACCACAUCAACGGUUAUACAGGAGGAAUCGCCUUCCGAUUGAUUUCUCAUUGAUGAUUAGCAAUAUUGAGAAAACAGUUCGUGUUCGAGAACUUAAAAAUGCUUUGAACGAGAAAGGUAUUAAACCAAACGUGAUCACUUGGCGCGGUUAUAGAGGUGUCUGUUACUUACAUUAUACUAAACCCAGCCCCAAGACAGACACAUUGCUGGAACCUCGUCAAGUCGAUAGCGUUAUAGAAAUACUACAAAAUAUGAAAAUUAGACCGGACUUGGAAAAUCAGUUAAGUGUAAAAGUUAUGGAUCGUAUUUCGCGAAUUGAAACUACAGAUGUUACCGCAGUUUAAUUUUUAAGAAUUAUUAGUAAUAUUGGGUUUUUUCUAUUAGUUUUUUUUUUGUUUUUUGUUGAGCCAUUUAUAGUUUCAUUAAGCGUUUUAACAAUUAUAGAACUUUUUGUUGUAUUAUUAUGCGAAGUUGUAAUAAUUUCUAUUUUGAUAUUUUUCUAA